AUGUCGGUACUUGACUCUGCUUCAAACUUUGUUGACUCGGAAUUAGCUAAUUGUCUCAAAGAAUACGACUAUGGAAUAAAACAAAAUUCAGUAAAAGUCUCAAAGCAGGAACCAGGCGUGUUCGAAUUAGUUCUCCUAGAAAACGUACAACUCGUAAUACGCGUCACUCAGCAUGGGUUCUUGAUUGUAAAAGCAACGCCGCUCGAAGACGCAGCAACUGCAGACGCGGAACGAAUAAAGGUCCUCAACAAACCGUUUGAAACUAUGGAGUCUCUGUUACAAGCAAGCAGUGCAAAGUUUGCUGAAAGAUUCUAUCAGGCGUUAUACGCUAAAUUAGCUGCCAUUGACGAAAGCGAAUGA